GUGCUGUGCCGCCCAUGCUGCCCACGCCGUGCCCCACCCCCGCCAGGCGCCCAGGCCCUUAUCCCUUCCCUGAAGCCCCAUGCCUACCUUCCGACUCCCUCGCUUUGUCUUUUUCCUCGUCACGCCGAGCCGAGCAGUUUCCAUUGCCGCGACACCACCUCGAUGUCGAGCCCCCUCCUCCGCGCCACCACUAGCAAAACCCUCCCCUGCAUGGCUGCACUGCAUCCCUCUAGGCCCAGGGUAGCUCUCUGGCCCUUCCCCGACCUCCAGCGGCCACCCCCCUCGCCGGAGAUCGACCUCCACCUCCGUCUCCUCCACUGCUCCGCCGCCGGCCCCCUCCCGACCACCCUCGGCCCAAACUCUCGCACCAAAUCGUUCCCUGGUGAGCCCCUCAUGCUUCCCCACCACUUCCCCACCGCCGGCGAGCCCUCCCCUCGCCGGAUUUCAGCCUCCAACGCCGCAGCCACGCCCAGGGACUACAUUAAUCCAUAACCGAAGACGUCGGCUAUGAAUUGGUCGUGAAGCCAAGAGCAAGCGAACAAGCCAAGGAAGGAACUUGUGAAGAUCCGGCCCAAGGCCGAGAUAAAUACUAACUCCGCUCAGUUGAAGGCAAG